CACAGGUUUUUCAACUGUGUAAAAUGAUAUACUGCAUAAAAACCUUUCUAGUGGUCAGUCCAGCCCAAGUACCAGUUCGUCAAUUUCAGAAGAGGUUGAAUUUAUGCAACACAUUCUAACAUGUAUGGAUUAUGACAAACGUAUUCGGCCUCAUUUUAAUGAAGGGAGGCCUACUGUCGUAGAUGUGGAUAUAUCAUUGAACGACAUGAGUCCUAUAAAUGACAUAACAAUGGACUUCUCAGUUGAUUUCUUCUUACGUCAGAGAUGGGAGGAACCCCGCCUUGCGUAUAACACUAGUAGCAAUACGAACAUGAUCACACUGUCUUAUGAACAAGUUCAUUUCUUCUGGGUGCCAGAUUCGUAUCUAACUAAAGAGAAAAUGGCCUUUUUGCAUACUGUGUCUGUUCCUAACAUGUUAUUACGAAUCUCACCACAAGGGGCUGUGCUGUUUUCGCAAAGGAUUGCAGCCACAGUGAAGUGCAAGUUGAAGUAUUCAAAGUAUCCCAUGGAUUCACAAACAUGUAGGAUUCAAUUGGAAAGCUUUGCCCACACCAGGGAUGAAAUCGUUUUGAGAUGGUUUGGGGAAUCUGUGGAAUACAGUACUGAGCUCAGCGACGGAAUCCCAAACUUCGAUAUAACUAAAGUAUCUGCCGGUAACUGUACUUCAAUUUAUUCUACAGGGUCGUAUUCCUGUCUAUAUGUGGAUAUAUAUUUAAAAAGAAACUUACUUUCCUACAUGCUGCACAUGUACAUUCCCACCACACUAGUCGUUCUAAUGUCGUUUGUUAGCUGUUGGCUCGACCCCACGGCGGUCCCAGCGAGAACGUCUCUUAGCAUAGCUUCUCUCCUCGUCAUUACUAUGCAAGCUAUCACUUACCAAGAACGCACCCCGAUGGUAUCCUAUAUAAGGGCUCUGGACGUCUGGCUGUUGAUGUGUAUUAUAUUUGUGGUCGCAUCUGCACUGGAAUUUGCCACGGUAAACACUAUGCUAGAAAGAGAUAAACGAAAACUUGCUAAACGUCAAGGACGGGAAGCACGCCGGAAUCGCCACACCUCCAAAAAGACUAACCAAGAAAAUGUGGAGUUAGACGACACGUCGGAUACGGACGUUUCUGUUCCGAAACGAACAAGAACACCUGGUAAACGUGCACGUCAAAUAGACAUCGUGGCACGAUUUGUAACUAUUCUAGGGUUUUUAGCAUUUAUCAUUUUGUACUGGAUGUCCUAUGUGGACUCAUGAUGCUCAAUCGUCGAUUGCCAUUCAAUCGUUAAAUUCAAAAGUGAAAACCAAGGAACAGGAGCACUUCCAGUUAUGUUGACGAUAUUUUAAAAUCAUCUAAUUUUUGACAGAUUUUAUUGGGCUUAUGAAUAUGCACUCGUGUAUGUAUGCAUGUAUGUAUAGGAUAUGCAUGCGCGUUCGUGUGCAGCAGAUUUAAACACUCGUUGAAAUUUAGAAUGCGAUCGACAGCUUCCUGUUUCGAUCCAAAGAGGUUGUAGAUUUCAUUUCAUUCAUUUUUUUCAGAACUGAACAAUUGAAUUGCAAGUGAAAUGUAUGUUAGUCUAAAUAUAUAGAGCAUACAUUCAUCUAUAUGCAUCCGCAACGAAACCGUCUAUUUCUACAACUAACAAAUUGACACGUGUGAAUGCAUGUAUAUUUCUCAUCUUAAGACAAUAUUUCAAGCUAUCUUGCAUAUGAAUUAUAAUUAUGAUGUUUAUAAAAGUAGAAACCUGUAUAAAUGUAAGACAGCCAGAUUAGUUUCUUCUCGGAUUGAACAGUGCCCAUUUACAGCCGUCUACACGAAGAAGUGUUUGGAAGAAACGGGUUUCAUAUAAUGAAGAACACAUUUUAUUCUUUACCACUUUAACUUGGUUAUUAACAACAAAUGGACGCCAUAUACAUUUA